UCUCUCUCUCUCUCUCUCUGUGUGAAAGGAGGCCAAAGAAACAGGGGAGAGCAGCAUAUACAGCAGCUCUCUCUGUAUUGUGCAGUUGAAAGAGCAUGAGGCCCAUCCCAUCAGCAGCAUUGUGUUUCUUCUUCUUCUUCUUCUUGGUAGAAGAAGCUAAAUGUUCUUCUUACAGGCAACAAAUGCUGUCAGCAUUCAAUCAUUCCAAGCUGCCCUUUUCACUGGCUCAAGCUUCAAAUGUCACAAGGAAUGGGAGGGUGUUUUACCCAAUCGGGUACGGGGCAGAUCCGACUGGAGCAGAGGACAGCACAGCUGCCCUACUCAAAGCGGUGGAGGAGGCUUUUCAACUGAAAUCCGGGCUUGAAUUGCUGCCUGGAAUCACUGACCUGGGAGGCGUUGUUAUUGAUCUUCAAGGUGGAAAUUACAAAAUCAGCCAACCUCUAAGGUUCCCAUCAGGUGCUGGCAAUGUUGUGGUACAAGGAGGAUCUCUACGAGGCUCAUCCACAUUUCCAGGGGACCGCCAUCUCAUUGAACUAUGGUCACCAAGUUCCCAAAAACUCAAACAAAAAGCCACCAUCGCCAGCAAUGCCUUCUUCUUUGACAAAGCCCAAAACAAUAAUAAUGUAGGCAUCUACUAUGAGGACAUCACAUUCAGAGACAUUCUCUUCGAUUCAAGCUUCAGAGGAGGAGGCAUUUUCGUCGUGGAUUCGGCCCGAAUUCGAAUAACCAACUGCUUCUUCCUCCACUUCACAACCGAAGGCAUUUUAGUCCAAAAAGGCCACGAGACCUUCAUAUCAAACACCUUCUUGGGGCAGCACUCAACGGUUGGAGGAGACAAAGGUGAGAGGGAUUUUACAGGCACUGCCAUUGACCUUGCCAGCAAUGACAAUGCCAUUACUGACGUUGUAAUAUUCUCGGCUGCUAUUGGUAUUAUGCUGAGGGGCCAGGCAAACGUGGUCACUGGGGUACAUUGCUAUAAUAAGGCCACAGGGUUUGGUGGCAUAGGCAUUUUGGUAAAAUUGGCAGGAAACUCUCAAACCAGAUUGGAUAAUUGCUACUUGGAUUUCAAUGCCAUAGUCUUGGAAGACCCAGUUCAAGUUCAUGUGACAAAUGGGUUCUUCUUAGGUGAUGCAAAUAUAGUCUUAAAAUCUGUCAAUGGCAAGGUUUUUGGGCUAAAUAUUGUGAACAACAUGUUUACAGGGAGCUCACAGGUUCCAAUAGUCCAACUAGAGGGGCAGUUUGGGGAUAUUGAUCAAGUGGUGAUUGAUCAGAACAAUGUGGUUGGGAUGGGGUUGAAAUCAACGGUGGGGAGAUUGAAUGUGGAGGGCAAUGGGACCAAAUGGGUGGCUGAUUUUUCAUCUGUUUUGGUGUUUCCCAACAGGAUUAAUAAUUUCCAGUACUCAUUUUAUACAAAAGGGGAGGACAAGUUCACAGCUCAUGCUGUGACAAAUGUGUCAAACAAUGUGGUGGUUGUGGAGAGUGAGAAGGUGGUAAAUGGUGUGGUUCUCUGGUUGUUCACCAGUAGACCUAAUUCAUAUAUAUGGUUGGAGGUAGAUUUCCCAAAAUGUAUGUAACAGAUGAGAAGUUGGAUGCAUUUAUUUAUUUAUUGCUUGUUAUGAUACUGGCCUGAGAAUGUGAUUAUAAGAAAGAAAUGAAAUACCAAACUUUCUCUACUA